GUUACGUUAUUUCCGUUUAGGGGGGACGCUUUAGUCUGCUGCACCAAGUCGUCACCACGAGAGAAACAUUUAAUGGACUCCUUUUACACCCGAGUACCGAAGUAUUGAUGUCCUAAAGAAAUUUCCCAGGCGGGUCAGUUGGACCCAUAAUCAUAACAGGAGGGUUGAACAUUCACACAAGUUCCAAAUGCACACGGCAUCCAGUCUUGAAAAGCUCCGUCAUGAAGCAGCUGCCCGCAGACACCGUGCGGCUGUUGUCCAGCUCACAGGUCAUCACUUCGAUGACUAAUGUCGUGAAAGAGCUCCUUGAAAAUGCACUCGAUGCUGGGGCUUCCACCAUUGACGUCAAACUGGAGAACUACGGCCUGGAUCGGAUCGAGGUCCGGGACAACGGCUGCGGAAUUAAGGCCUCCGCCGCUCCCGUCAUGGCCAUCCGCCAUUUCACCUCCAAGAUCCACAGCCACGAGGACCUGGAGCUCCUCCAGACGUACGGCUUCAGGGGCGAAGCGCUCAGCUCCGUUUGCGCCGUGGCGGAGGUGGCCAUCACCACCAAGACCGAGGACGAUGACAUCAGCACCCAGUACGCGCUUAACGCCCAAGGGAGCAUCGUAUCUCAGAAGCCGACUCACUUAGGCCAAGGUACAACGGUUAGCGUACUGAAACUUUUCAAGAAUCUUCCCGUGAGACGGCAAUACUACUCGUCAGCUAAGAGAUGCAAAGACGAGGUGAAAAAAAUCCAGGACCUGUUGGUGGCCUAUGCCAUCGUAAAACCCCAAGUGAGACUCACACUCACUCAUAAUAAGGCGGUGGUCUGGCAGAAGGCCAAGGCGGCCGACCAGAGGAGCGCCCUCCUCGCCACCUUGGGCUCCGCCACGCUUGCUAACCUGCUCCCAUGCCACCAUUGUCAAGAGCAAGCGGAGAUUUUUCUCGAGGGUUUUUUCCCUAAACCAGGCGCCGAUGUCUCUUCAACGAGCACUUCUGUCCCAGACAAAACCUUCAUAUUUGUCAACAAUCGGCCCAUCCACCACAAGGACAUCAUGAAGUUACUUCGUCAACACUACGCCGCGCAGUAUGCGGACGAGUCGGCGCAGAACCGCUACCCCGUCCUCAUGCUUCAAAUCACCGUUCCACCCUCUGCGGUGGAUGUCAAUCUGACCCCUGACAAGACGCAGGUUCUCCUCCACAACAAGGAAGCCUUGUUGACCGCGCUGGAAGCUCUGCUGGUCUCUCUCUACGGGUACCGGCCCGCUCACGACUCCGCAACGGAACGGCUCGGCCCCGAUGCCUCAUUUUCACCACCGUGGAAUACUGACGCUGGAAAAGCGGAGGAGGAGAUCAGCGCAAUAAAGGACGCGGCGGGAUUUCUCGCCCUCAAAGAACAGUCGGACGCCGCGGCGCGCGACAAUCCGCCGCUAAGCAGACAGACCUCGAAAAGCAGCUCUUCGUCCUCGGCGGCAGAAGACUGGAUUGUGGAUCAGAUGCCCGCUGCCCCAGAGUCGAACUUCUCUCUGGGUGAUGAUGAAAGUGUACGCCUGCCAAGCGAACUGCCCGCAAAAUCCAAAGACCAAGAAGCGCACAUAUCCGCCGAGGACUGGAGCAAAGGCACUGCCCUAAGGGACCCGGUAUCAGGACAACCCCCGCAGCCCGUCGCAAUCCAUCAAGGCGCCGCGCCGGGUCGUCGCGCUGCCGAUGAGAUCGAGACGAACAAAAGGACGGUCAACGUUAUCACGGAAAAGCGUGCGGCUCUGACCGCCUUUGACCUGAUCAGCAACCGGACCCUGAGGGCGCCACUAUCGCCCGUCGCUUUAUUCGAGAAGGAAGCCCGCGUCCAGGUUCUCGGGGAGAAACCGAGCGCCAGCCUACAGGAGAUCAGCAACGCCGUUCAUGACAGGUGGAAAAAUCUCAGUGAGGAAGACCGCAAGAAGUACGAGGAGAAGGCCAAAAAGCAGCUGGAGCACCACGACCGCACUUGCGCCGCCAAACUGGCUAGCGCCGGCGGCGCCAAAGAGCGGCGGGCCUUCUCCGCUGCGGGCCAGAAGCGCAAGGCCCCGGUCUCCAACCAGCAGCUGCUGGACGAGCUCUUCUCGGCGCCGCAGAAGAAGCCGCGGACCCCGAGUCCCAAGCCCUCGCGGCCCCUCCAAUGUUGCAUGUCGAGCCUUCGCGAGCGACUCCAGCGCCUCUCGUCGUCCUGGAACACGGCGGCGCCGCGGGGCCCGCGUCUUCUGAACCGGCUGGCCUCUCAGAGCAUCUGGGUCAUUUUAUGCGGUCAGAGGCUCAAGUUGUUCAACCCCUUUCGGGUGCAGGAGAGCCUGCUGCUCCGGAGACUCAUGCGGAAUCAAAUACUUCCAGCCGUCACGCUGCAGAACGCCAUACGUGUCACGGAAGGAAGUUUAGGGGGGAGCGACGCCAUGGAGUCUUUAUGCAACAUGGAGAAACAGACGCCGGAUGUGAACGGCAGGAUGUUCAUCUCUGACCCGAGAGUCGUGGCCAACGGAUUUCAAGUCAGACUCACGCCAGGCGGCGCGUCGGCCCAGAGACAUCUGGAAGUGACGGCGCUGGCCGACUGCGUCCCUUUCCUCGCCGUGGAGGACCUCGGGGAAAUCAUGACGGCGGUUCUUCGCAGGAAGGCCCAAACUGUGCAGGAGUGUCGCCCGCUCAAAGUGUCCAACUUCCUCCAGAGCGAAGCCGUGCGACUGGCCCGUCAGAUGCCGGCGCAUCUAAGCAGGGAGGAUGCGGAGGACAUCCUGAGGCGGAUGCAACAGCAACUGGGUGAGAGCGAGCGCACCUGUUUCCACGGAAGGCCUUUCCUCCAGCCGCUGUGCGACAUCCCUCAGACGGAGCGCCAGGCCAAAGCGCUCGUUAAAACCUUUGGCGCGACCGACGGCCAACUCCAACAGAAGGACGUUGCUUUUGCGGACGACCUCAUCUGAACAGUAAGACUUGGACACGUGACACGGUCACACUUUUUUUCCCGACAGUUGUUUCCCUGGAAUCGCUUCUAAGGAUGUGGCAAAUCCAGUGGCGUUGUUUUGGUGAACCAUCUCCUGUUCCAUUUUGAAAUGUCAAUACUACCAAAU